ACAAGAGAGAACAGAAGAACAACACACUUCUUUUGAAAACAUAAACCUCACGAAAUGGCAAACGCAACAGAUAACCGCUUCACAGCAAGAUGGAACAAGCGUGGAAAACGAGAGUUAUAUCUUGAGGGAGAGCAUGUCAGCAUAAAAAAUCUGAAAAUGAGAAAUGAUAUAGAAGAACAAGUACAAAAGUAUCUCUCCAAAGAUGUCACAGGUUAUCCAACUCCUUACUUUCACAUCAAAGAAUUGACCCAUGUCACUAACAAAACUAGCCUUCAGAAGAUCUGGGACUCGAAGGGAUUCAAGGGAUUUGAACCACGUGUUCUUGAUAAAGAUACGUUUUCAUGGUGGAGCCUGAAGAUCAAUGAAGCGGAUAUAACAGCAGUCGAGGAGCGUUUCCUCAAGAUUGCAUUCCCAGACAGAAGCGAAGAAGAAAUAGCAGCUCAGCAGCCGUUCCUGAGAGAUUUCACCACAUCACCAGCAUUCAUAAAUGACACCUCACGCUACGGAAACUUCCGCUUCACGUUUCCUCUGACUGAACUGAUGGAGGCCUACAAGAAGCAGAUGUGUGAGGGUGAAGAUCCGAUUCUCAGGGUAUACGAGACCAAACUUUUCAGGCAGGAGAUUGAGUAUGUUGUUCUUGUUCACAGCCCUAAGUUUACGAAGAACUUUAGGCAAUACCCACUGCUAAAAAAUACAGAUACACCCAGCCCACUGGCUUCUUAUGAGGGAAAUGAGAUCAUCUGGAGAGCACAAGCGAUUUGUGAAACCCACAACUACCAACUGGCAAUCCAUGGGAAAACAGCAGUGAAACAAACCAUGGAUUCAUUCCAGUUUUAUGUGUGGGAUCAGCUUAGCCUCAUCUUUCACAUCAACAAGGAUGAGGUCCUUACCUUUCCUAAAAGGAAGCUUAAGGCAAGCCUCAGCUGUUGUGCACUUGAUCAAAAGAUAAACCUUUCAAAUGGAGAAAACUGCUCUUCUAGUAAAGAAGCUGAGAAAUUUCUUGAAAGCUUGCAAGAUGAUGAUGAAAAGGAAGAUGAAAAAGAAGAAAAUGCAUUUGCGGAAGUGUCAAUGGAAGUCGACUAGGAAUGUGCAAGUUUUUUUCAGCUCUGCAACUUUGUGGUUUUACCUAUCCUUUCUGCUAGCUAAUAGAUUUUGUUGAGAAAUUAAAAUAAAUAAAAUUUGGAGGAUGAUUUUUUUAAAUCUAAUAUUUGUGGCUUGUCAUUAAAAG